GUUGUUUUGCAUUUGACUUUGCAAAGCAUGCCGGUUGUCCAGUUUGUUAAUCUUCUUCGCUAGAUUGGGGUUCGAUUUUGUUGGUGAAAAUUUUGUACGCUUGUAAUUGUAAAUUUGAAUGUUUCUAAACCAGUACAGCGGAAAUGGAAAAUACGUCCGAUAGAAGCAUCGACGUGCGUCGUGAAUCUAAUGAUGAAAAAUCGCUUAUUUCGGCCAAUGCAUCGGAAGACGAUUAUAUCAACCCAAAACAGGAUAAGUACUAUCAAGACGCGAAGAACUACUGGUCUACUAUUGCACCGACCGUCGACGGAAUGCUGGGAGGUUUCGGAAGCAUCUCUUUCACGGACAUCCGUGGGUCAGAUCAGUUUCUGAAGAACGUGUUCAAACUGAAGCCAGCGCCCGGUCGAGUGCAAGCUUUGGAUUGUGGGGCCGGAAUUGGACGGAUCAGCAAAAACCUGCUGAUGAGCUGGUUCGAACGGGUGGACCUUGUGGAACAGGACCCACAGUUCUGCGAAACGGCCCAAAGUGAGCUGAGUAGUACCGGAAAGCUGGGCACCGUAUACAAUAUCGGACUGCAGGAUUUCCGCCCGGAGGAGAAAAAGUACGACGUUAUUUGGUCCCAGUGGGUGUUGGGCCAUUUGACCGAUACCGAUAUCGUGGAGUUUUUCUUUCGCUGCACCAAAGCGUUGAAGAAAAAUGGCAUGAUGGUGAUUAAGGAAAAUUUCACCAAUGCAGACAAAGUGGAGUUGGACAGGCAGGAUUCGUCGGUAACGAGACCGCUGCCGAUGAUGAAACAACUGUUGACGAAAGGAAAUUUACGAGUGGUCAAAGAACAGAGACAGAAGGACUUCCCGAAAGACUUUGUCUAUGGACAACAACAGUACGGACGGACCUCCUGAUACACGACCUAAACAAGAAUCCUUUGGCAAUCAUAUCUCUUGGACCAGCUCGUAUCAGUAAUGACUACAUCAGAUUAGUUCACCGGAUCAACCUUAACUUAAUAAGCAGAACCGUUCAGGAUUUAAAUGACCAAGCUCAGGAUAGAAUGGGUA